AUGGGCAAUGGCGUAGCCCGGAGGAAUCACUCAACUGUGCUAUGCGUAACUUGUAUGAUUUUCAAGCACAUAAUGCUCUGCCCAGACCUAGUGUGCUACGAGCGAAAGGCCAUUGGCAGUGCCCUCCGAUGGGUACCAUUAAGAUCAACGUGGAUGGGGCUUUCCGAGCGGCUGGAGGAUGCAAGAUGGGUCGGUUUCGUGGGGUGUCGAAUCCUUUGCACGUUGAACUGCUGGCGCUGCGGGAGGGCCUGCAUCUGGCAGCAAAGUGGCCAGGUCUCCGCAUCUGUCUUGAGAGAUGCACAGGGGAUGAUCAACUCUGUUCUCAAUCGUGGAGUGGAUCUCUCCCCCCUUGGCUGCUUGAUUGAAGAUUGUCAAGAGCUUUUGCGUGCUGCAUGUCUUGUUUAUGUUGUGCAUGGCUUUCGUGAAGUCAAUUGUGUGGCUGACCGCCUAGCUCACUAUCCUCUAUUGGCCCAUGUCCCUGCUGAUGAGGUCGAAUGGUGGGACUCGCCCCCUAUUUGGCUCUCUGAUACAUAUCGCUUAUCCAAGAUUUCGGUUGAGGUGUAA